AUGAAGGAGUUCAGGUUCCGUAAACGUGCCCAGUCUGCUGAUGAUGAAAGCAGCAUGGAGCUAGCAGAGUCCCUCCAACAUCUCACCUUGUCUGAGUUUCUCAAAGAGAUUGAAGAGGAAGAGUUAGAGAAGUGCAGCAUUCCUACCAAGACAGAGUCGGAGAAGUACAAAGUAAUUCGGACUUUUAGUUUCCUCAAGAGCAGGAUGUCCAGUACCCGCAACAAGAGCAAGGGGAAAGGGAAGGACAGAGAAGCCAAGGACAGGCAGCUAAAUGGACAUCGGUUUGCAUCAGGCUCCUGUUUAGGCUCCACGCUGUGUGUGGUGUGCAACAAACCAGCUUCUGGAAAAGACCUUCUGCACUGUUCAGGCUGCACUUCUAUUGUCCAUAAGGGCUGUAAGGAAUCCAUCCCACCGUGCCUGAAAAAACUUCAGGAUAAAUAUGCCAUAACCAUGGUGAAAAACAAGACUGCAUCCCUCCCACAGAAUUUCACAGUCAGAGACAGUCCCACUCAGUCUGUGGUCCAUAUGUCUUCCUCUCAACCUGUCAUGAUCCCAAAGGAGAAGAAGGAAUCUGUGACACCCUCAUGCUCUCUCUCUGGAAGUCUCCCCAACAGUGACAGUGUGCUCAGUGAGAGUUCAGAGACAGAAUCUGAUGCACAGAAACUGAACAGCCAAUCAGAAGAGUUCCUGCCAACUCCACUGUCCUCUGCCUCCAAUGAGUCAUUCUUUGGAGAUGACUGUGUGGACUCAUUUAUCCUCAGUCACAGCGACAUCUCUGCUGACUCUGCGGAUUAUGAGGCUGAGUCAUGGAGUCUGACAGUUGAGCACAAGUUCUGCAAGAAGCAGGAGAAAUGUGUUGUCAAGAGGCAGGAUGUGAUCUAUGAGCUGAUGCAGACUGAGCUCCACCACCUACAGAUUUUGCACAUCAUGGCCAGGGUGUUUCGGCGGGGAAUGAAGGAAGAAGUGCAGCUCGACAAAGAAGCAGUGGAGCGGGUGUUCCCUUGCCUCGACCAGCUGCUCCUUUUACAUCAUGCCUUCUUUGCUACCAUGAAGGAACGACGGCAGAACUCUGCGCAGCCCCAAGGACACAGGAACUACCUGAUCCAGACAAUUGGAGACAUUUUGCUGCAGCAGUUUUCAGAUGAGAAUGGAGACAAAAUGAAGCAGGUUUAUGGAGACUUCUGCAGCCGUCACAAUGAAGCGGUCAGCUUUUUCAAAGAUCUCCAGCAACAUAACAAAAGAUUUCAGAGUUUCAUUAAGCAACAAGUUAAUAACUCUUUGGUGCGGCGGAGAGAAAUCCCAGAGUGCAUCUUGCUGGUGACCCAAAGAAUUACAAAAUACCCAGUGCUGCUGGAGAGGAUGCUACAAUACACUGAAGAGGAAACAGAAGAGCAUGCCAACCUCUCAAAAGCUCUGGCUCAGAUUCGAGAAGUGAUAGUGGCCGUGGAUCUGAGGGUCAGUGAAUACGAACGGCACCAGAGGUUACAGGAAGUGUGGAACCGCACAGAGAAUCGCAGCACAACCAAGCUGAAGAGCGGGAAAACCUUCCGCAAGCACGACAUGAUGGGUCCGGGACAAAUGCUCAGACACGAGGGCCUGCUUCUGUGGAAAACAGCCACCGGUCGACUUAAGGAUGUCCUGGCACUGCUCCUCACAGACACUCUCAUCUUUCUCCAAGAAAAAGACCAGAAGUAUACGUUUGCCAUCGUGGACCAGAAACCUCCCGUCAUUCCACUGCAGAAGUUAAUAGUUCGGGAAGUGGCGAAUGAAGAGAGGGGGAUGUUUCUGAUCAGUGCCUCGUCUGCAGGGCCGGAAAUGUAUGAGGUUCACACGUCAUCCAAAGAGGAGCGCAACGCCUGGAUGAGGCUCAUUAGAGAGGCUGUGGAGAGCUGUCCAGAAGAACAAGAGGAAUACUCGAGUGAAUCUGAAGAGGAGAAACGAGCUGCUGAGGCUCGAUUCCAGAAAAUCCUCAAGUUACAAGAGAGUUUGACAAGCCAGGACCAGCAGAUCUGCUCCUACCUGGAGGAAAAGCUGCAGAUCUAUGCAGGCCUCUCCGCUCUGAGGAGGUCAGAGGAUGCUUCGCUCGUUGAACCACGACUGCUGGUCCAGACGCACCCAGAGGAGCUGCCGCAGGCCGCCGGGCUGCUGGCUGCAGCCCUGAAAGAAGCUGAGCUCCUCAAAGCCGUGCUUUCAUCUACGACCCCAUCGAGUCAGAUCCAGGACUCGGACUCUGUGUUUCCUGUCAGCCCUGCUACUCUCUCAGAGUCCAACUCGGAGAGCAGCCAGUCCGAUGUCCCCCAGUCUGCAGCUGACUCAGGAAACGAUGAUACCAAUAACUUCAAGGUGGCUCAACGUGUCCACACCCUGACUCAGCUCCUGUACAGUUUGGAGGCUGCUGUAUCCAUCCAGGACACUUGCUACGAAGUCCAGCGGCUCCUUCUCCAAGAGAGUGGGCGUCCCUCGUCCCGUGCCCAGUAUCUGCACCUUCCAAGACUUCGGGGCACCACCCUGCUGGAGCAGGAGAAGCAGCGGAACCUGGAGAAGCAGAAGGAGGAAGUGGCAUCAGCUCGCCGGCUCCAGGAGCAGCUGCGUCAGGAGAAAGAGCGAUGGGAGCGUGAGUGCCAGGCGAAGAGGAGCCAGCAAGAGGAGCAGGAGAGCAGGCUGGAAAAACAAGAGAAGCAGUGCCAGAUGGCUGCGGAGAAGCUGAGGCGGGAGAGGGAGGAGCUGGACGAGCAACUAGAGGAGUACCAACAAAGUCUGGAGCGGCUUCGGGAAGGCCAGAGGAGUGUGGAGAGGGAGCGUGAGCAUCUGGAGAACCAGCACAAGCUGCUCCAGAUGUGGAAGCACGAGCGACAGAGCAGCCUGCCAGCUGUGAUUCCUCACAUGGUCAUCCCUCUGGAUAGACAGCAG